GCUAUAAAAGAAGAAGACAUCAAUGAUUUUUCAUAGUGCACUUUCCAGUGGCUUCACACCCAGAGCCUGCGCUGGAUUGACUUGUCAAUAUGUUUAAAGUUUUUCUCGUCCUGGUGCUUGUGCACGAGUUGUAUGGACUGCCACUCACCCCUGAGUCAGGCCGAACAACGCCGAGAAUUAUCGAAGAGCCAGUCUCCCUAUCUUUAGAAUUGCUGCCACCAAAAGAAGAUGCUGAAACCAUGAAAUUCAAUGAAGAAUUUGAUACAGAUCUUGUCAACGAAAACAUUAGUCCAGCAACUGAGUUAUUACCACCUAAGGAGGCUGACCAGAAUCCCCGUGGAAUGGUCUUUAUCGUCAAUCUCUUCGCAGUGAAGAAUGAGACGGAUGGAGAAGACCCGGAAGAAACUCUCACUGAUGACAUCAAGGCCAAACUUCCCUCACUACUCGAACCUGUGGCGACGAUUCUCCUGGUGGUCGAGGAGGAUGACGAAAGUGUGCCCGUCAGCCUAGACGAACUCGCCAAGGAGCUUGAGGCAGAAGGCAUCAAAGUUGAAAAAAUUGGAGAUGAGCUGGACCCGAAAGCCAUCAGAGUUGACUUCGAUGGGGAAGUGUCUGGGGAAGAUCCUGAUGUCGAGAAGCUCCAACCAAGGAAAUUGAACAGAGUUCGGAGAUCACCACAUCUCAUCAGUAAACUGUUGCAAAAGAAAUUCGGCGGUGGGGAUUGUUAUUCUUGCCAACAACCUCCGCCACCCUGCAAUGGCGGAUGUGGGGGACAGCAGCCAUACGUUCAAGUUAUUCCGAUUUAUGAACAGCCCCGUCCCCACUAUCAGCCACAACCGCAUUAUCAACCGCAGCCUCAAUACCAUCCGCAACCGCAUUAUCAUCAAGGUGGCGGUCAGUGUGACAUCUGCAAUGGUCGUGGCGGCGGUGGAAACCACGGAUCAUACAGCCAGGCCUCUGCCCAGUCCUCAUCCAGCAGUUGGUAGAACAACACUCUGAGUUGUUUCAUCUGAAGACUAAUUUAUCUCAACAUCUUUAAUGAUCCAUGAUUAUCCUCGAUUCAUCAGUGCAUCACGCAAGGAUUCCACUCCAGAAGACAAUUUUAAUCUCUGUAAAACAAAUUAAAUAGCACGAAUUUCGGUUGGAAUAAAAAAGAAAACAAACAAA